AUGAAGAAUCAAAACAACAACAACAACUCAUUCUCUUUCGUUGACGAAACCAAGAAUAUUAAAGCCAAAGUGAAGGUUAUGAAACGAAACCAUCAACUGAAUAUUCGAAACACCAGAUUGAGACAGACUUUGCAACACGACAAGUUAUUAGAAAACUAUUUUGAAUGGGAUAAGAGUGCUCCCUCUGGUGGCGAUCUUACUGUGUACAAGAUUGUUACUCCACCUUUAGUACAUGCAGAUAGAAAUGAAACUAAUCUAUUAGAUUCUGGUACUAAUCCAAAGCAUGAUCAGAUAAGGACAUGUAAUAGAGGUGUAAGAAAUCCAUCAAAGAAGAAUCGAGUGGUUACUUCAGAGAAGGUUCAAGUCAAAGAAACUAACAGGAAGAAUAGUUUAGUUUCAUCUGAUAGUUACUACUCAGAACAUAGAUUCUCUACACCAAAUUCAUCAUCAUCGAGUAAUACCUCCAUUGAUCCUCCAACAUCUUAUUCAAACAGUAACCUUCAUGCAUGUCUACACUACAUGCAAAAAGUUAUUGGAAACUAUUCUCAAAACUUACUACAGAAAGACUCAAUGUUGAUCAAUUCUUCAUCGAGCUGUUCAUCUGUGGGUCAGCUACCUUGCCCUCCCUUUGAAACUAAUAUGAAUAGUGUUCUACCUUCGAACAAUAUUCCAUCUCAAACCUUUCCAACAUUGAUGCCUAACAUGCAAACAGAAAAUAGAAUACGAAACAUGCAACCAUUAUUGAAUUGUCAAUCAACUAGUAAUGCAAUUGAUUGUUGGUUUGUGGAAGAUCAACAAUAUCAAUUGAAUGGUAACUUACAUCCAUCGAAUUCUGCUCAAGGUGGAGCUGAUGAUGAUUGCGAUAGCUUUUUGAGUUCUACUUCAUACGAGUAA